AUGGCCGACCCCGACUCCGCAUCGUCACGCACUCCUCUACCGAGGGUGACUUGUCCAGGUCGAUUCGACGAGCGUAGCCUGAGUUUGGACGCCUUGAUCAUCGGUGCGGGUUUCGCUGGCGUGUAUUUGUUGCAUAGACUUCGGCAGGAGGGUUUCAAUGCGAAGAUCGUAGAGGCGGGCACAGGACUGGGAGGCAUCUGGCAUUGGAACAACUACCCAGGCGCUCGAGUCGAUUCGCAAUAUCCCGUCUACCAGCUAUCAAUACCCGAAGUCUUCAAUACCUUCGAAUGGACCGAGCAUUAUCCUGGAUCGCAAGAGCUGCAGAGAUACUUUCAACAUGCGGACAAAGUAUUGAACCUCAGUAACGAUGUGUUAUACAACACGCGCGUUGAUGCGGUGAGGUGGGACGACACGUUGCAUAAGUGGCAUGUUGAAUGCGAGAAUGGGACAAGAAUUACGACCAGAUACCUGAACUGUUGCAUGGGUUUCGCAGCCAAGCGCCAUUUUCCAGCAUGGCCUGGCUUGGAGGACUUCGAAGGCUAUAUCUGUCACUCCUCAUUCUGGCCGGCUGAGGGCGUUGACAUGAAGGGGAAGAGGGUGGCAGUCGUUGGGCAGGGCGCCACUGGCAUUCAAAUUGCUCAGGAAAGUGCGAAAGAUGCAAAGGAGCUCACAGUCUUUAUUAGAACGCCCAAUACCGCUCUUCCGAUGAACCAGCGAAAGAUCAGCGAAGAAGAUGCUGCCACAGUCAACAAAACCAUAGCUCACAGGCUACAGACUGAGCGCUACGGCAACGCAGGAGGCUUCUUGUUCGGCAACCCGGAGAGGAAAAUGCUCGAAGACUCCCCAGAGGAGCGGGAACGUCUCCUUGGCGAGUUCUAUCAACGAGGAGGUUUCGCCCCGCUCUUUGUCUACGCCGAUAUCCUCACCGAUCCAGUCUCAAAUCGAUUCAUGUACGACUACUGGGCGAAGAGGACCCGCGCUCGAAUCUCAGAUCCUGUCAAACGAGAUAUCCUGGCCCCAUUAGAGCCGCCCCAUGCGUUCAUGGGCAAGAGGCCGAGUUUGGAGCAGGAUUACUAUGAGCAAUUGGACAAAGACCACGUCAAGCUGGUGGAUCUGAGGAAAGUCUCUGUUUCGCAUGUUGUGCCCCAAGGCAUUGUCACCUCAGACGGCGAGUUGCACAAGCUUGAUAUUCUGGCGAUGGCGACUGGUUUCGAUUCGUUGACUGGCUCAUUCACGCAAGUGAAGAUCGAGGGGAUGAACGGUAUUGACCUGGAGCAGAAAUGGAACACUGACCUUGGUGCUCUGUCUUAUUUGGGCAUAUCUGUUGCGCAGUUUCCGAAUCUCUUUUAUACAUACGGUCCUCACGCACCGACCGCCUACGGCAAUGGACCCAGCAUCGUCGAACCUCAGGCAGAAUGGAUCGUCAAAGUCAUGAAGCAGAUGAACAAACAAGGCAAGACCAAGAUCAACGCCAAGGAGUCAUACGAGCGCGAGUGGAAGAAGGAGGUCAAUGAUCUACAUGCGGCAACACUGCGACAUAAUGUCGAUUCAUGGUACAUGGGCACAAACAUCCCCGGCAAGCCACGCCAGGCGCUGAACUAUGCUGGAGGCUUGUCGACUUACAUUGCUACUAUCAACGAGCGGUUGAACAGCAACUUCGAGGGGUUUGAGGUGGUUUGA